AUCUGCUACCACUCAAUUCUCAUGGAUUUAUACCAUUUAUACAGCAUAAUUUCCUUGCAUCAUUUUCAUAUACUCACCAUCACAAUUUUUCCUCCAACAAGAUAUUCGACGCCAUCAUCUGUGAUCCCCCAUAUGGCGUUCGUGCCGGAGGACGCAAAUCCGGCGGCCGAAAGUUACUCAAAGGUGUCGUCAACCCAUACACGGUUCCCGAAGAGAAACGCUUCGACCACAUUCCGUCAACCGCGGCUUACAGCUUAGCGGAAUGCGUGCACGAUCUGCUUGAACUCGCUGCACGAAUGCUCGUCAUGGGAGGCAGGCUCGUCUUCUUCUUCCCUGUGCUCAGGGAAGAUACCGUCGCCGUCGCCCGGUUUCCGGAACAUCCAUGCUUCACAUUGAUAGCUUCCUGCGAGCAGAUUCUUAGCUUGCGCUACAGCCGCUAUUUACUCACAAUGGUGAAGAUCAGCCAUUACACUGAAGAGAUUUCGGAAUUAGCUAGAAAGAAGCAUUUGGAGUUCAGGGAGAAUCACCUCAAGUGGAUGGUAGAAGGUAAUCUUCAUUCUGCAGUGUUCAGAUCUUCUGAUUCUCAGGCUGCAGAAUUUAAGCUUGAUAGGGAUAGCAAGCCAAAAUACAGAGGGAAGUAUGUGUAAUGAGGGAUUUGAGUUCAUAUUAUUUUGGUUUAUUUUAUUUCAAUUUUUGUAUGGAUUAGAUACUGAGCUUGUUGUAGUCAUAGAUGUUCAUUAGAUUUAUGGAUUAUAGUUGUUUGGAGUUAUUUUUUCCUGCUUGAAUGAUUGUUCUAUUUG